AUGUAUGAUGAGGCUGCCAGCGACAUACAGAUCUUGAUAUUUUGCAGUCAUAUUGAAGUCCUGCUGGCCGGCUUUUAUGGCUUGGGAUACAACAGCCUGACUGGUUGGAUCAAAUACGGAGCGAGUCUCCUCACAUUGGCUCCAGAAGUUGGUCUGUUCCAUCUGGAAAGAGACAUUGAAAGGGAACACCAAGAUUUGCCAUACGUUGAAUAUGCUCCUCCUCUUGAGGAUCAUCAACCUUACAGAAAUUCAUCCAAUGAUUACAUGAGGGUUUGGAAAGAGACUAAGCGUAAUCUAUACCUCCAUGAAUUUUUGGAUAGGAAAGCGUCAAAGCAGGUUUGUAUCUUUUGCAAGAAGGAGGCAAAUUGGCGAUGUCUCGAUUGCUUUGCCGGCACAGCAUAUUGUGCAGAAUGUUGCCGAACAUCCCACUGCAGGGACCCUUUCCACUGGAUUGAACGUUGGACCGGCACCUUUUAUGAGCCGAGCUGGCUGUGGAAAGUGGGUUUGGUUAUUCGACUUGGUCACGAAGGUGAUCGGUGCCCGAAUGGAAGCAGCAACUUGAGUGCCGAGCUUGACAUUGACGAAGAGGAAUGGUUUGACAUGGAAGACCUUACCAGCACUUCGGCUGAUCCAAAACCAACGGACCGUAUUUACAAUGGUGGCCGGGUCAUGACCGUCUCAUCCCCAGGGCCGGUCAAACAGAUGGAGAGAUAUUGGAGACUUUGUGGGCUGUUCUCAACGAGCCUUUGCAAGAAGUGGAAGCGAGCAAAACUCGGGCUCUCCGAGAGCUUCCAGGCUCUUGAAGAAUUAAGUGCCUCAGCAAGUAAGGAACAGAUUCAAGAAUGGGAGCAACAGAUCAAAACGGCAAAUUUGAACCAGGCAAAGGACCUUUCCGCCAUGGACAUCUAUUACGUCAAGGUCAAGGAAGCCGAGACCGAAAAGGGCAUUCGGCUAAAACUUAUGACUAAAGAACAGGCAGGCAAGGUCAAGCCGGGGUUAACUGGAUGGGUAAACACCGGUAUCAAAAUUCAGGAAGCCCACCGAAUUGGCCGCCUUUGUGAAGGCUCAAGGCAGUCGUCCAAGUGCCGAUCAGAAGCUGGAGAUAAUGAAACGUCGAGAGAAGCUGUCCAAGCGACUUGA